UCGAGUUUCAUUUAAUACUCCAACCCUCAGCCCCGGAGGAACCCCCCAUUUUAUGCAUAUUGCUUCCCUCCUCCUCCCCUCUAACCUCCCCUUUUCUAAAGUGUCACUUUUCAAAAUUACUUUAUUUUUGCAUUUAAUUAAAAAAAAAAGAAAAAGUGAAGUUUUCCAUCAAUUGCAUACAUGUACAGUGUGUCAAGAAAAACAAGUGUAUAUAAAUUGUGUAAUGUGCUAGUAAAUUUUUGUUGCAACUGUUGUUAUUAAUUUUUGACAAUUGUGCCACCGAAGGAGAAAAAUUGUAAAAAAAAUGUAUAAAAGAGUGGCGGAGAGGUUAAGGUUUCUCUAUAAACCUUAUGCUUUAGCUAUAGUUUCAAUUGGAUAUGUUCUAGGUGAAUUAGGACACUAUUUAAUUGGUGUGACAAGUAAAGCAACGGCUGAAGAUUUGCACUAUGGUGAUAUUUCCUGUCAGCUAAAUUCAACGGAAUUUUCUUUAGUAGAUCUUCCGGUUCAAUGUGAGGCGGCAAACAAUUCGGAAUACUGCGUUUCUUUGGAUUUAAAUGGAACAAAUUAUUGCGAGUGGAAUUACAAUGGACUCGGAAUUGACUAUCAAAUACUUGCGGGUCCAAGUUUCAUUGCAGUUUUCACAGUUGCUGGCGUCAUUCUUGGAUUUGUCGCCGACAAAUUUAACAGGAUAAGAAUGUUGUCAAUUUGCACGCUAAUAUUUAGCAUAGCAAUUAUUUUAAUGGGAACAGUCAAAGAAUAUUGGCAUCUCGUUGUACUCAGGAUGAUUCUAGCAGCUGGUGAAGCAGCAUGCAAUCCAAUGGCAACUGGUCUCAUAUCAGAUUGGUUUAGUGAGGAGCAACGUGGUCUGGUUAUGUCAAUUUUUAAUUGGGGCAUUUAUGGUGGAUAUGGAAUCGCUUUUCCAGUUGGUCGAUACGUUCCGAAAGUUAAUGCGUGGAAUUUAGGAUGGAGAGUAUGUUACUAUGGUGCUGGAAUAAUUGGAGUUAUUAUUGCUUUUCUCACCGGUUUUACAAUAAAAGAACCAGAGAGGACGACAAUAGGUGAAGAAACAACAAAUGCAAAGAAAAAAGUUUCCAUCUGGAAAGUCAUUUUUCAGCCACGCGUUGUUAUUUUAUGCCUCGCUGCCAGCAUCAGGCAUUGUGGUGGCAUGUGUUUUGCAUAUAAUUGCGAUUUAUAUUAUAGAGAAUAUUUUCCGGAUUACGAUCUUGGCUGGUGGUUAUUUGCUGUGACAAUUGUUAUUGGAAGUAUCGGUGUUGUGGUCGGUGGUGUUGUCAGUGAUAAAUUUGUAGCAAAAAUGGGUAUUAAAUCAAGAGUGGCAGUUUUGGCGAUAAGCCAAUUAGUGGCAACACCUUUUGCUUUUGGUUCCGUCUAUUUUGAUCCUCUUUGGGCUAUGAUUACACUUGGGAUUUCUUAUUUCUUUGCGGAAAUGUGGUUUGGAAUUUUAUUUGCAAUUCUUGUGGAAAUUGUUCCCCUCAGUGUAAGAUCCACAACAGUUGGCAUUUUUCUUUUCGUCAUGAAUAAUAUUGGAGGGAAUUUGCCGAUUUUAGUUGAGCCAACGAGAUUAGUUCUCGGUUUUCGAGAAGCUCUUUAUAUUUUCUACGCUGGUUUCUACGGAAUAAGUUCAUUGAUGUUUUUAUUCACAAUGUUUUUCAUGGACGGUCCCGUGAAAGACGAUAAAACAAUCGACACUGCAGAAUCGGGUCACGAUAACAGAACAUACAUUGACGAUGAGGGUAAAGCAUCAACUUUAGAAUUACCACGAUUACCAGCAAGGAUACCCGAUCCAGAUCAUUCAAGAUUGUAAAAUAUAAAAGAAAAGUUAUUUUAAUAUCCAAAGAAAUAUCACUGUGAUUAUUAUAAUUGCAAUGAGAGUAUAUAAAAAAGGAGUCUGUUAAUAAAGUUCUAUUACGACAAAAAGAGAUAACUGCAAAAAAAGAAGUAGUAAAUAAAAAUGAAGAAAAAGAAGAAAAAACAUUAGUAGUUCUAGUUCUACAUUCACAGCAUCUGAAGAAGCUGGAUCAAAAUACCCGCGGGGAAAAGAUUUGAAAAAUCUCUUUUGGUGUGUUAAAACCUACAGAAAAGUUAUUUUUAAAGUUUGCGACUUGGAAAAAAAUCUCUCUUUAACAAAAAAAGAAGUGUGCGUGACUGUAUAAUCAAAUUUCAUGAACGACUUUUCUUUAUGUAUUUUUAAAAAGUAUUUAAGAUUAUGAAUAUUUUAUAAUAUAUAUUAUAAGACUUAGACUUUAUAAAUUUUUCUCUUUAAUAGAAAUUAAAUCUCCUUCUUAAUAAAAAGAAUUUCCAACCAAUUUUUUCUUUCUAAUAAAGUUCGGAAUGUAAAUUAAAUUCAAUCUUUUGCGAAAGUCUCUGAAAUAAAGAGAUCUUAUUAAAUUUUGAUUAAUUUUUCUCCCUUUUAUUAACUCAAUUUUCUCGUACCGCUGGUUGAUUCUCUUUAUUCGAACUUUUUCUAUUAUUAUUAGAUUUAUAUUCUGAAAGUAUUAUAAUUCAGGGAAAUUAUAAUAUUUAGAGAUUAAAAAUAGUUUAAAAGAAAAAUAUAUUCGAACAACUAAUUUU